CUCAUCUAGAAGCUGACAAAUGAGAGCGGGAGAGUGAGCCUCAGCCGGCUGGCCAAAGAGGGCAAAUCAAGCUUUGCUCAAUGCGCAACCAUGCUCAUCAUCUCAUCCCGCAGCGCGCUGCUGUCCGUCUACUACCCGCAGAUCUUCCUCAUCCUCACCAGCGGUAGCUACCUGGCGUUGUCCUCCGUGGUGGCUCUGGGCGCCAAUAUCAUCUGCAACAAGAUCCCAGGGCUGGCCCCCCGGCAGAGAGCCCUCUGUCAGAGUCGCCCCGAUGCCAUCAUCGUCAUCGGCGAAGGCGCCCAACUGGGCAUCAACGAGUGCCAGUACCAGUUCCGCUACGGCCGGUGGAACUGCUCGGCCCUGGGCGAGAGGACGGUCUUCGGACAAGAGCUGAGAGUAGGCAGCAGGGAGGCGGCCUUCACCUACGCCAUCACUGCAGCUGGGGUUGCCCACGCCGUGACCACGGCGUGUAGCCAAGGCAACCUGAGCCAGUGCGGCUGCGACCGCGAGAAGCAGGGCUACCACGACCAGGAGGAAAGCUGGAAAUGGGGGGGCUGCUCGGCCGACGUCAAGUACGGGGUGGAGUUCUCGCGGCGCUUCGUGGACGCCCGCGAGAUCAAGAAAAACGCCCGCAGGUUGAUGAACCUGCACAACAACGAGGCGGGCCGAAAGAUCCUGGAGGAGAGGAUGAAGCUGGAGUGCAAGUGCCACGGCGUGUCGGGCUCCUGCACCACCAAGACCUGCUGGAUCACGCUGCCCAAGUUCAGAGAGAUCGGCUACCUGCUGAAGGAGCGCUACGGCGAGGCGGUGCAGGUGGAGCCGGUCCGGGCCUCGCGGCUCCGCCAGCCCUCCUUCCUGCGCCUCAAGGAGGCCCGGGGCUACCAGAAGCCCACGGACACGGACCUGGUGUACCUGGAGCGCUCGCCCAACUACUGCGAGGAGGACACGGCCACGGGGAGCACGGGCACCAGGGGCCGGCUCUGCAACGGCACCUCCACCCACACGGACGGCUGCAACGUGAUGUGCUGCGGCCGGGGCUACAACACCCACCACUACACGCGGGUCUGGCAGUGCAACUGCAAGUUCCACUGGUGCUGUUUCGUCAAGUGCAACACCUGCAGUGAGAAAUCAGAAGUCUUCACGUGCAAGUAGGAAUAAGGAAAUUGGGACAUGGGAAAAAUCAAAAGGACCUGGAAGUAUUUAUCAGAUUUUUGCACAUGUUGACAUCCUGUUUGGACCUCUUGAGAGAAAAGGAUGAUGACACUGAAGCCGCGGUUCGGAAAUCACUGGGAGCAGCGAACAUUUAUGACACGUUUAAGCUUCCAAACUGAUGCAAAGAUGACAAGAUACCGAGAAGGUGACGCUGAAAGGAUUCGAUGCUCUCCUUCUGCCUCCAGCCGAGUCCGAUUAUGGAGACGGCAGCGUGCAAAGAUGUAUAUUACAGAUGCUCAGCGGGAUAAAAGAGAUAAAUGUACUCUGGACUGCCCUGAGGCCUGGAGGUCGGCAGCCAAACACGUUCAACUGUCCUCUCACACUGUAGUCUGUUUAAACACUGAAAAUUAAACAUAAUUAUUUAUGUAAAAUGCCUUCAAUAACAAAUUCAAUAGCAUUCCCCCCUCUUUGUAAUAGUCAUUCAUUUAAAUUAAUUUCAUUUGGUUGUAUGGGGUCACAUUUACAAUCACUAAACAUUCAAAUAUUCAACCUUUUUAACUCUCAUUAGUGCCAUAUCUUGUUUUAGAUUCUUUUGCACUUACAUGUUAAUGUUUCAUUAACUCAACACGAGUUAUUUAAAGGGGUCUUGGUGCUGUCAGGUGUUGAACUUUCUCAUACCUCUACCUGAAGCCCAGAUAGUCUCUCCCACCAACAACCAGCGGUGGCAAACACACACACACAUCUAGUGCUUUUAAUGCAAAUCCAAGCAGCACUUCAUCCUGACUGCUUAGUUUUAGGAGGGCUCCGGACUUGUGAGAAAACCAAGUCCUCCUCGCUGGAACCCGACGGAGGUGCAAUCAGGUUCAGAUACCUCCAACCAACCCGUGAGCUUGCAGAGACGUGGAAUUCCACAUGGCGGCCUCUGCUUACACAAGGCCUUCCAGCGCGGUUUCGGCCUGCCUGGAUGGAUGGCAUGUGUCCUAACCACACAGAAGGGGGUACGAGAGGAUCAAAGGCCUCCAAGCUAUUUUUGGAAAGCACCCUUAAUGCAUUCAGAAGUGUUUAUUUAGGCUUUAUAUAACUUUCGAAACAAUUUGAAGAGUAUAUUUUUGUAUGAGAACCGUGGCACUUUAUGUCAUUUAGAGAUGGGGGAGAGUCACUAUUUACAAGUGUUUUCUAAUGUCGUAUUCAGAGUUGAAAGCUAUAAAUUAUUUGGAGUUUGUGUUGUUGAUUCAUGUUCCUGAACUGUAAAUACUCCGUGAUUGUUCAGCUCGGUACGAUGGCUCGCCUCAUCAACGUUGAGCUGCUUCAGAGGAUGGUGAGUGACGCUCGUGAAAACCACUAUUAAGCAUCAAGUCAUGGAAGAAGCUAGUGGAUAAUGCACUGAAAGCUCCCACGAACAAUUAAGUCGAGCAGAUUUCCUGCUUUCGGUCGUCUCACGAAGCCUCUAGUGAAUUAGGGACAACAGUGUUUCGUCAAGGCAUUACUAUAACUUCAAAUACAGCUUAAGUUUAUUUGUUUUAAUCGCAAAAAAACAGUCUGCUUCAUUAUAAUCCUGGAGAUUUGUGUUCUUUGUUUUUUUUCCUAUAAAUAAAACUAUCU